AUGGGUGGCGGUAACGCUCAAAAGUCCGCCAUGGCGCGGCAAAAGAACGCCGAGAAGGCCGCCAAGGAGGGCCAGGGCGGAGGAGGCGCCGCCGGCAUGAAGGCGCGGUCUGCCGACUCCUCGGUGCAUGCAGCCGCCAUCGCCGAGCGGAGUGCUCUGCAGGCACAGCGGGAGGAGCGCGAGCGGCUCAAGAAGGAGAAGGAGGCGGCGGCGGAAAGGAAGGCCAAGAAGCUCGCCGCCAGCGACGGCAAGGGAGCCCUCGGUGGCGACGACGCGGCGGCCGCCAAAAAGAAGAAGGCGGCGGCCGCAGCCGCCGCCCUUGCGGCGGCGGGCGGGGCUCCGGCCCCGAAGAAGAAGAAGGAGCCCAAGGCGGCGGCGGCGGCGGCGGCGGAUGAGGCCGCCCCGGCCCCCCCCGGCGAGGUCGAGGAGGUUGCCGAGCCCGAGGUGGACGCCGACGGAAAGCCG